GCCCGGCAGCUCCCGCCCACACAUGUCUGUUUAUAAUACAGAUGCGCCCUGCUAUCAACGCAGCAGCGGCAGCAGCAGCAGCAGUCAGGACGACGAAAGCAUCGAGCAAAAUGACGGCGGUCGGCAACACAUACGACGUGGUCGUGGUCGGCGGAGGAAUAUCCGGGUUGAGUGCAGCCAAGUUGUUGCUGGAGAACGACGUGAGUCCUGUUGUUUUGGAAGCCCGCGACAGAGUUGGCGGUCGUACGUUCACUGCGCGGAAUAAGGAGACCAAAUGGGUGGACCUGGGGGGUGCUUACGUCGGUCCGACACAGAAUCGCAUUCUCCGAUUGGCUAAGCAAUAUGGUGUCAAGACCUACAAAGUCAACGAGAAGGAGCGGCUGUUGCAUUAUGUCGACGGAAAGUCUUCCACCUUCAAAGCUUCCUUCCCACCCUCGUGGAACCCAAUUCUCCAUUUGGACUUCAACACUCUGUUCAGGACCUUCGACGAGAUGGGCAAGGAGAUCCCCAGAGAAGCCCCCUGGAAAGCCCCCCAUGCUGAGGAAUGGGACAAGAUGAGCAUGCAGCAGCUCAUAGAGAAGAUCUGCUGGACCAGUGCCACCCGUCGCUUCGCCACGCUGUUUGUCAACGUGAACGUGACCUCGGAACCCCACGAGGUGUCGGCCCUCUGGUUCCUGUGGUACAUCAAGCAGGCAGGGGGAACCAUGAGGAUCUUCUCCACAACAAAUGGAGGACAGGAGAGGAAGUUUGUGGGCGGAUCGAGUCAGAUCAGCGAGUGCAUGGCCAGGGAAUUGGGCGAUCGGGUCAAGCUGCAAUCUCCGGUCUGCAGGAUUGACCAGAGUGGCGACAUGGUGCUGGUGGAGACAACGGAUAAACAGACCUACAUGGCCAAGCAAGUGAUUUUGGCCAUCCCUCCUGUUCUCAACCUCAAGAUACACUUUAACCCCGAGCUGCCCCCGCUGAGGAACCAGCUAAUCAAUCGGGUCCCCAUGGGCUCGGUCAUCAAGUGCAUGGUGUACUACAAAGAGAACUUCUGGAGGAAAAAGGGUUUGUGUGGCAGCAUGGUGAUCGAGGACGAGGGGGCGCCCAUUGGACUGACAUUGGAUGACACAAAACCUGAUGGCAGUAUGCCGGCCAUUAUGGGAUUUAUCCUGGCCCGCAAAUGUAGAAGGUUCUGCGGCCUCACCAAAGAAGAGAGAUUCAAAAGGAUCUGUGAGAGCUUCUCCAGAGUGCUGGGCACUGAAGAAGCUCUGAAUGCGAUCCACUACGAGGAAAAGAACUGGUGUGAAGAGGAGUACUCUGGAGGGUGCUACACUGCAUACUUCCCCCCAGGCAUUCUCACCCAGUUUGGAAAGGUGCUGAGAGAGCCGGUGGACAGGUUGUACUUUGCAGGCACCGAGACCUCCACUGAGUGGAGUGGCUACAUGGAAGGCGCUGUGCAAGCUGGAGAGAGGGCAGCACGGGAGAUUUUGUGCACGAUGGGAAAAAUCCACCGCAGCCAGAUCUGGCAGACAGAGCCUGAGUCAGAGGAUGUGCCAGCGCUCCCCUUUAUCACCACCUUCUGGGAGAGGAACUUGCCUUCAGUCGGCGGUCUGGUCAAGUUCGUGGCAGUGUCGGGCUUUCUUUCUGUCGCCACAGUGGCUGGCGUGGCCGCCUACAAGAAAGGCCUCAUCCCUCGAUAUUAGAUACCAGCGCUGCCGUCUCAUCACCGCACUUGUGUACUUAUGUGCUGAGCGCGACUUUCCACAUGGAAAGAAGUGUGCUGACUGUUGAUUUAUAGCUACAAUUUCUAAAACGAUACAUUUGUCAACCUGAAUAGCUAAGCUACAUGGAUACCUCUUAUUAUAAUCAUGUCCAUCCCUAUACACACACACCAUACAGUUCCAGCUAUCCUCCAUGCCUUUGCCAAUUAUGUGACUUUUUUUAACUGAUCCUGCUCAGAUGUGCGUAUCUGAACUUUUGUUGCACUGUGUGGGCGUUUUUUGUAUCGUGUGUGUGUGUGUGUGUGUACAAAGUGUACACUGGUGAUUUUAGGUGCUGAUUUACUGUGAUGAUGCAGCUACUGGGCCAGUGCAGAUGGUAACGGUUAAAGCUUAGGUCUGUUAUCCUUUUCUACCAAUUGUCAAGAUGUAGUCAUGAAAAUGGCUCGCUUUCGUCCAUCCAUUUUUCAAUUGGAAUUGUUGUCUUUAGGACCACAAGUGAGACAUCCCAAUUGAUUUUGGGCAAGAGGCAGAGUAAACCCAAGACUGGUCGCUGACCAAUUGUGGGGUCAAGCAAUCAUUAUAGGAAAAAAAAAACCCUCACGGGAUUAGUUAGCAAAGAAGAAAACAACAAUACAGUCUGUUCCAUACAUGGAUCUGUACAUGGAUGUGAAUAGGAAUUUCUUGCAGGGAUUUAUUGACAUUUAAGAUAAAUAUGAGGAGUAUUUUUUUUCUUUUUUUGUCUGGUUGAGGAGAGUUUCAGUCGAUGAAUGUAUUUCCUUAAGAAUAAUUGCGCAAUUUUUUACUCAAAAUGUAUUUCUCCUGCAUAAGUCAUCUAUUUUGAUGGUCUACAUACAGGCGCUCCUUAUUGUAUUGCUUCAAUGUCAUUUAAAGAAUCGGACAUCUUGUAAUCACAAAUGUAGCUUAUGUAUAAAAAUUGAGGUUUUGGUUGUAAUUGUCAUCAAUCCAAAAUAUGAAUAAAGGAUGGAUUGUAGUCACUUGGAAAAACAGUAAUUGUCAAAAAACAAACAAACACCUAACUCUUGUAUCGUACAAUUUGUGUGUGUGUUCAUGUGCAUGUGCGUUGGGGAAUUCAUACUGUUCUUGUCUCAAAGUAUGAUGUGUGUCUGUUUCACCAGUGUUGUUUGUUGUGCCAUUAUGGGAAAAUUGUGGUGUUUCACAAAUAUUAUUUUUGGAUUCUCUUAAGUGCCUGUGUAAAUGAAAAUUCCACACACUGCUCCUUGCCCUCAGUUUAGGAACUGCUUUAAUAAUGCAGCCCUCCCGUAAAGGGGCCGUUGACAACUUUCAACUGAAAACUAAGAAAGAGUUUGCCAUUUCAGGCUGUUUUUGUUGUUGUUUUCAGGUCCAAAAUACGAUCACCGGAAAAGCACAUUUCUUCAUAGAACACAGUGGAAGCUUUAGAAAAUGCUGAAACUGCCUGAAAAAGCUGUUUUUUUUUUUUUUGUGUAUGUUUUCUAUUACUUUCCUGUAAAGUCUCUUUCUGUUUUAGCAAUUUUGUACCUUCAUAGGUGGUAUCAGUCUGGUAAAAGAAACAGGACAUUGUCUGUUAGCCCCAUUCACACAGGUUGCAAAUAAAUAACUCAGACUACAUUCUGUCAUUGCGUAAAAUGUUGCAAAAACGCAAUGUUUUGACAUUGCCGAUGUUGUGUGAACAUACCUUAAAAACACCCUUUUAGAUGUACGUAUUUGAUUGCUGAAAAAAAAGUGGUGAUAUUUACAGGAAGAAAAAAAGUUAAAUAAAUCUUUUACGGCUU